AGUCCUGCCUCGCAAUCCCCUGGAAUUAUUUCUUGCAAUGCCGAGCCAAGCACGAGACCGCAGUAUCUCUGGUGAGCUUGACGACUCGGACAUCGAUUCGAGCCACGACAAUGAUGACAAGAACGACGGCGCGUCUGCAGGGAGGCCGGGUAGAAAGAAAAAUCCAAACUCGCAAGCAGCCAGACGUGAUCAAAAUCGCAUAGCGCAGCGUGAAUUCCGUCUGCGCAAGCAGCAGCGGAUCCGUGACCUUGAAGCUAGCGUGGAGAUCCUUUCAGGGGGGAAAGAUGAGGCCCUCAACCAGCUCAGGAAGAUCAUGAAAGAUCUUAUGCAGGAAAAUCAGGUGCUGCGGCAGCUCUUGCGCAGCCUUAGCAACUUCAUUGGUGACGGUGCCGGUGGACUCCUGCCGAAGCUGGGCUGGGACAUGAAUGACUUCAACAAUUUUGUGAAUCGCUCCGAGACCGACACGGCUUGGGAGAGCUACCAACGACACAAACGUGAAGAGCAGCAGAAUACGCCGGCGGGAUCGUCCGGGUCCCAGAAGCGGCCAGCAGAAGACGAUGUCAGCGCCCGCGCCAAACGCCCCCGCGUUCCAGGCGAGUCUCCGGCCGAAGGCGACCGUGAAUACCCUUUGCUCGUCCCGGUGAACUCGGCUGUUCCGCCCAUCCCUGCUAACGGAUUGUAUCCACCUCCGCGCAGUCAACAUGAGACGACCAUAUUCGGUGACCUCAUGCGCGGAACUAGUGGCUCUCCGAUGUUUAUACCGCCCACUUCGCCCCCGAACGCCCAAUUCACGAGCGGGUCGGGUUCGUCUGGAGUUAGCGGCAACCCGUACCCGCCUGCGUCGUAUUCGAUGCAGUCCAUGAACGUCAACGUGGAUUCUGCUCUGCCAGGUAUGUCGCUUGUGACAAACCCGGCCACGAUGCCCGCGCCGAGGGCUCCUGCGGCUCCGGCCUCUGCCCCGAAGCCUUCGUCGCACGCGUCCGCUGCGAGCCCGACGGACGACGACCAAGACCCGAAGCGGCACGAGGCGUACAAACUCAUUCAGUACCACCUCGACAACUACAAGCGGAAUAGUGCGUACUGUCUGCCAUCGUCGCUCAGGCCGACGCUCGUACAGCGGACCGUUCCGCACGAGAGCGUCAUCGACAGCAUUUUGCACCCUGAACUUCGCGACCGUAUGAUCCUACUGCGAGGACGCUUCGACUUGGUGGACUGCCUGCAUGACUACAGGACCGCGAUUACCAUUCACGGUGAUGACGUUCUCGCACAUAGCAACUGGGAGAUCAGCGAGUCCUGGUUGCAACGGUAUAAAUUCCUGGUUGACCCAGCAACGCUCACUGUCGUCAACAGGUGGCGGCGUGAGCGUGGGGAACCAGAGCUGCUUGUUUCCGAUUAUGUUACAACGGAAGGGAACUCGGGUGUAUAAGCCUGUGCAGUAUAUGUUCCAAGUUUAGAAAGCCACAGUGAACGUUCCAGUCUCUUCUAUCCUGUCUCCUAUCGAGUUUGCGUUAAGGUCUGCAGGUUUUGUUGCGCUAAUAAUUGCGUCUUGUAUUCUUGAAUAACAGUAAUGCUAUUACGGUCUCAGUGACU